CAGAGUGGGAAUGAUUUUCAGCUCCACGCACCAGAGCGACGUACCUGGUUAAAGGAGUUCUGGGCUUAGUCGACCGUGGAUAAAGUGAGCUCUGUGGAUACGGACAGAGGAGGAGUGCAGUCUCUUUUAGCCGGAAGAGAGGAAGGAAAACCUUUAAAAGUGAGUUUUAAAAACAACCGAGAGGAUUUAAGAAGUGGACGCGAGCCGUGAGUGGGAGCGUGGCAGAUGUAGGAUGACAACAGUAAAGGAGGAUUAAACCGGAGGGGAUGUUAAGAAAAGUGAUGAGAAGAAUAACCGCACAGCAAGGAGUGAUUUCAGCGCAGGCAGGAAUGGCUUGAUUCGGGACCUGUACUGUCAGAGGCGCUCAUGUUUCUGUGGGAGAGAAAGAAAGUUUUCUGCGCGUCCCUCGGAUACAAGUCUACUUUUUAACGAGCAGGAGAGAGAAAGGGACUGCUGUGACUGUGUCCCCCCCAUCCCGGUGGCAGAGUCCGGCCGGCUUGGCGUCGGCUCGUGAACUGUUCGCAAUGUCCAAACCCGCGCUGAAGAAGAACCACUGGACCUCCAGGGUGAACGAGGUCUCCGUGUCCAAAGAUGCCCGCGGUGAGCUCAACGUGCCGCUGCGUGGCGGCGCGGAGAACGGAGAGUUCGCCUACAUUGGACCGCUGAACCACAAUGCGGUGGUGUACAAAAGUGGGAAACUGGGUGAAGGGGAGCUGCUGCUCGAAGUGGAGAAUCUCUCGAUUUCGGGAUUACCCCUGUACGACAUAUACACCGUGAUAAAGAACUGCAAAGGACCCGUCAGGUUUAAAACUGUCAGGCAAGGUAAGACAAAAGGAAGCAAGCUGACCAAGGACCUGAAGCAGUAUCUGAGCCAGCGCUUCCAGAAGUCCUCGCCUGACCACGAACUGCAGCAGACCAUCAGAGACAACCUCUACCGUCACGCCGUGCCUUGUACUACCCGUGCCCCACGUGAAGGAGAAGUUCCUGGCGUGGACUACGACUUCCUCUCAGUAGAGCAAUUCCUGGAAUUGGAGAAAAGUGGGACCCUCUUGGAGAUAGGAACAUAUGAUGGUAACUAUUAUGGGACACCCAAGCCACCAGUGCAGCCCCCCAGUGGGAAAGUGAUUAGCAGUAGUGGUAACAGCGGUGAUGCCCCACUGCCAGACGGGCUCAGCAGUAGCCUGCCGGGCUCACAGCACUCCACUCCCCGACGCUCCAAGUCCUACAAUGACAUGCACAAUGCUGGAUUAGUGCCUGGAGAGCAGCAGCAGGAGGACGACGAGGACCUCCAUGACAUGAACAGCAGCUUUACAGGAGACUCUAGUGAAUUAGACGAGAUUCAUCACUCGGUGCGCCCUUUCGCCCCCCGCCAGAGUGACCUGUCCUACGCUGGGACAACCCCCUCACCACCGGCCACCACGGAGAGCACACAGCAGACAAACACUCACCUGAGCCAUCCUCCCCCAGAGGAUCCGCUGGGACCUCUGCCCGACAACUGGGAGAUGGCCUAUACCGAGAAUGGAGAGGUCUAUUUUAUAGACCACAAUACAAGGACGACCUCCUGGAUAGACCCUCGGUGCCUGGACAAACCUCAGAAACCCCUGGAAGAAUCUGAAGAUGAUGAAGGGGUACAUACAGAGGAGCUGGAUAAUGACCUAGAACUUCCUCCAGGAUGGGAGAAAAUAGAUGAUCCAGUGUAUGGAGUCUACUAUGUUGAUCAUAUCAACAGGAAGACCCAGUAUGAAAAUCCGGUGCUAGAGGCUAAGAAGCGCAGGCAGCUGGAACAGCAGCAGCCUCAGCCCCAGAGCCAGCAGCCACCUGAAGGUGAGCGCUACAUCCGAGAAUGGAUCGAAGACUCGACGAUGGCAGGGGCUCCGUUGGCUAGCUAUGCUGCCAACCACCAGGAGACCUACAGGGACCCUCAGACAGGGCCCCCAGUGCCCAACGCGAUGGGACAAAAACGAGGGAAGCCAUUCUUUACCAGGAACCGAUCUGAACUGAAGGGGACAUUUAUAAAUACCAAACUGAAGAAGAGUCGUAGGGGGUUUGGUUUUACUGUUGUGGGAGGGGAUGAGCCAGAUGAGUUCCUGCAGAUAAAGAGCCUAGUCCUAGAUGGCCCUGCCGCCCUUGAUGGCAAGAUGGAGACUGGUGAUGUGAUUGUGAGUGUUAACGACACCUGUGUGCUCGGCUACACCCAUGCUCAAGUUGUGAAGAUCUUCCAAUCGAUUCCAAUUGGUUCCAUGGUCAACUUGGAGCUGUGCCGUGGCUAUCCGUUGCCUUUUGACCCCGACGACCCAAACACCAGCCUGGUUACCUCAGUGGCUAUCCUCGACAACAAGGAGCCCAUCAUUGUUAACGGCCAGGAGACCUCUAACAGCUACGAUUCGCCGUCCAGCCACGGAAGUCAGAACAACAACAAUGGUCCAACCAACAGCGGGGUCCCCGUCAACGGCCUCCCCCGACCCCACAGCCCCUCCACAGAGGUGGCUUCUGAUACCUCUUCCCAGCAUGGUUACCCUAGUGAUGUAGUCACCCUGGCCUCAUCCAUCGCAACGCAGCCAGAGCUCAUCACCGUACACAUGGAGAAAGGAGACAAGGGCUUCGGAUUCACCAUUGCUGACAGUCCCGGGGGUGGGGGGCAAAGAGUGAAACAGAUCGUGGACUACCCACGCUGCCGCGGUCUCAGGGAGGGCGACAUCAUCGUGGAGGUGAACAAGAGAAAUGUGCAGAGCAUGUCCCACAACCAGGUGGUUGACCUGCUCAGCAAGUGUCCCAAAGGCAGUGAGGUCACCAUGCUGGUGCAAAGAGGAGUGGCACCUGCAAAGAAGAGCCCAAAACUGCAGUUGUCAAGAAAGGACAGCCAGAACAGCUCCCAGCAUAGUGUUUCCAGCCACCGGAGCGCGCACACAGACUCGCCUGUGCAUUCUUCCCUGGCACCCGCUCUCAGUGAGAGCAACGCUCCCCCACCUCCCUCGCAGCCUUUGCCGGGACUCCCAAUCCAGGACUCCCCAGGAGACGGGACCAUCCAGAGAAAACCGGACCCCUUUAAGAUUUGGGCCCAGUCCAGGAGCAUGUAUGAAAGUAGGCUUCCAGACUUCCAGGAGCAGGACAUUUUCCUGUGGAGGAAGGACACGGGGUUCGGCUUCAGGAUCCUCGGAGGCAACGAGCCAGGAGAGCCUAUCUACAUUGGCCACAUAGUCAAGUACGGGGCUGCAGAUGAAGAUGGACGCCUGCGAUCCGGUGAUGAGCUGAUAUGCGUGGAUGGAACGGCGGUGGUGGGAAAGUCGCACCAACUGGUGGUCCAGCUGAUGCAGCAGGCUGCCAAGCAGGGCCAUGUCAACCUCACAGUGCGGCGCAAAACCACUUACGCUGUUAAAGCAGAGGGAGACAUGCCUCCAUCGCCGGCGUCUUCGCACCACAGCAGCACCCAGGCGCCCAGUCUCACAGAAGAUAUUGGGAAGCGCACCCCACAGGGCAGCCAGAACUCCCUCAACACAGUGAGCUCCGGCAGCGGCUCCACCUCUGGCAUCGGCAGCGGUGGAGGAGGCGGAGUGGGGGGCGGGGGCGGCGGCAGCGCCGUGGUCGCCGCUGCGGCCGCCACCACCUCCUCUCAGCCGCCCAUCGCCACCGCCGCUGUCGUCUCGUCCGCUUUGCAGCCCUACGACGUAGAGAUCCGCCGCGGCGAGAACGAAGGAUUCGGUUUCGUCAUCGUCUCGUCGGUGUCGAGGCCCGAAGCUGGCACCACCUUCGCUGGAAAUGCUUGUGUGGCCAUGCCCCACAAAAUAGGACGCAUCAUUGAGGGAAGCCCAGCAGACCGCUGCGGGAAGUUGAAAGUCGGCGACCGCAUCCUGGCUGUGAAUGGAUGCUCGAUCACCAACAAGUCCCACUCGGAUAUCGUCAACCUCAUCAAGGAGGCUGGAAACACAGUUACACUACGCAUCAUUCCUGGAGAUGAAUCAUCGAACGCAUCUCUGUUGACGAAUGCAGAGAAGAUCGCCACUAUAACCACUACUCACACCGCUCAGCAACAGGCCGCACCGGAGGCCAGGACCAACACUAAACCAAAACAGGAGUCAUUUGUCCCGCAAGCCGCCCCUCCCCAGCCCCCCACGCAGCAACCCCCAAGCACUCAGGAUUCUGAGUUCUACUCCGUGGACCUGGAGCGAGACAACAAAGGCUUCGGCUUCAGCCUGCGAGGAGGCCGCGAGUACAACAUGGACCUGUACGUGCUGAGGUUAGCCGAGGACGGAGCAGCUGUUCGCAACGGAAAGAUGAUGGUUGGCGACGAAAUCUUGGAGAUCAACGGCGAGAGCACCAAGGGCAUGAAGCACGCGCGAGCCAUCGAGCUCAUCAAGAAUGGAGGCCGGCGAGUCCAUCUGGUGCUCAAGAGGGGUGACGGCUCUGUGCCUGAAUAUGACGACAGCACCAACAACAUCAGCGCAGCCAACCCAGCCUCAGGGGUACAAAACGCUGCGGAAGUGAACACUCUUCCCCCGAACGGCGCACCAUCAGAGUCAAGCGACCCACCAGAACCCCAACAAUCAUCCCGCAGCAAGAAGGAGCCAGGCCGCCGCUCCCACGGCACUGGCAGGCACACACAUUCCAACCACCGCCACCACUCCCCCAGCAAGAAAACCAGCACGGGAAAACACAAGGCCAAAAGGUCGACAGGGAGGAACGCUCCCAAGAAGAAAGAUGACAAGAAAAGUGAUGGCCGCCAUCGCCACCGUAGCCGCCAUCGGUCACCUAAUAAGGGGCACACCCGGUCGCGCAGUGCAGAUAACGUCCUGGACGACCGACAUGGGGGUCACCGCCGAGGCCGUUCUCCAGACAGGCGCCACCGCCGCCACCGCUCGCCCCACCGCUCACCCCGUCGCUCGCCCCACCGCUCUCCUCGCCGUUCCCCUUAUCGUUCCCCUCACCGCCACAGGUCCCCCUACCGCACUCGGCAGCAGUCCCCCACCAGACGCCGGGCCCAAUCCUCAGACCCCUACCGCCGGUAUCGCUCUCCAGAGAGACAGACCCGCAGCACCGAGAAGCCUAUUGUGGAUGAGCCUGUAUUGAAGGAGCCAAUCAAAACUCCUGAAUCCACCUUCCGUCUGGAAGACAGCAUCUUGCGAGAGUCCCCAGCCCUAGACCGCUUAAACAGGGAGGUCACACCACCACUGCGCAGGGAAGAGCGCCUCUAUGGAGAAGAUAGCCUGCUGAUGAAAGCCUCUACCUUGGACAGGUCCUACAGAGGGGGGGAUAACCUGCUGAAGGACAUGGCGUCUCGCAACCAGAGAGACAUCACCCUGCCCAGAGUACGCACUCCAGAUUCAGAUUCAGCUUACAAGAAGUACAGCACGCUGCUGAGGGGUCGUUCGACUGAGAGGUUUGACAGCACACAGCUGAGGGGUCGUUCGACCGAGAGGCUUGACACCACACAGCUGAGGGGUCGUUCGACCGAGAGGCUUGACACCACACAGCUGAGGGGUCGUUCGACCGAGAGGCUUGACACCACACAGCUGAGGGGUCGUUCGACUGAGAGGUUUGACAGGGAUGAGCGCUACCCCAGCCGAGACAGCACCCCUGAACCUCGGUACCGCUCCCGCAGUCUCGGACGAGACAUAUCCCCGAUCAGGAGCUUCAGAAGGGACGACUCGGAGGAUGAAGAGGACGAUGACAAUUUUGUGGCGGCUCAAGUGACGCAAUACUACAGCACGCUCAAGAACAAGACCAACACCAGUCGCUCAUCCAAGCCCACGCUCCCUGAGCCCAAGAAGACCUACAAGGAGAAUCCCAAAGACCUGAGCAUCUGAUUGGACAGCUGUCAGCUGAUCACAGCAACCAUCCACAAAACACCUCAAAUACUCACCAUCACUACCACUUUGUUCUACAGAAAUGCACCCAACUUGUGUAGAGACACACACACACACACACACACACACACACACACACACACACACUCUGUAACAACACUGAGUUACUAACAAGGUCGAAGUUUUGAAAGCUGUUUUUUUUCCUCUUUUUUUUUAAAAAAUUGUAUAUUUGAUUUUCUUUGUUUUCUCAUUUUCUUUUGGGUUUUUUUUUUGUUUCUUUGUUUUGUUAAAGUAUUCUACAUUUACAGAUACUCAGACUUUUCCAGAAAAUGUAAAACCAUAAAAAACAAUGAUGUGCCUAACAACAGUUCCAUUAACAAAUACCAUUUUUGUUUCGGGUUUGAUAUGUGGAGGGCAGUUUGUGUGCCCCACUGUCAGAUGAUGAAAUAUAUGUACUUUUCCACAAGGAUCCCUUGGAAGUACUGCGCACCUGGGUCACCAUAACAGGUGCUCACAAUGAUGCUGUGCAUGUCUUUACCAGUUUCAAUGUCUGUCUCUCUCUCUCUCUCUCGCUCUCUCUCUCCGUCUCUCUCUCUCUUGCCUUCGUACUCUCUCUCUCCUUCCAGUGCCACUGUUUUUUAGACAUUUGACCAGACUAUAGCACAAGCCUGCAUUUGUUUGUAUAUUUUUGACAGUUUGCAGUAUGUGUACAUUCAGAGGUGAUCAUUUUAAAUGAAGGAAGGGAAAAUUAAAAAGUUAAACUAUG